AUGGCGGUGAAGAGCAAAACCCAGAAAUCGAACAGCUUCAUCAUGUUGGGGGGCAAGAAAGGAGGGCCGAAGAAGCAGCAGCAGCAGGAACCGGAAGAGGAGGAUAGCGACAUGCUGGACAGCGAGGCGGAGGAGGACGACGAUGAAAUGGAGCUCGAAGACGAUGAGUCCAUAGCCCCGGAAGAUGACGAUUCGGACGUGGACGAAGGGGAGGAGUCGGAUGAGGCGCCGGCGCAGGUUCCGGCCAAGGGCAACAAACAGCAGGGAAAGGCCAACAACACUCCCACCAAGGCCAACAAAGCCGGCAAGGUUGCCCCGGCGAAGGCGUCUCCGAAGGUCGGCGGCUCACCCAAUGACACACAGUCGAAGCAAUCCAUUUCGGAUCGGCUGGCGCGAACCGUUUGCGUCAAGCACCUGAAGCCCACCAGCACCGAUGAGCAAGUGGUGGAGUUCUUCGCCGACGUGGGCAAAUGCAAGUUGGCGAGACGUGUGCGCAGCAAGGCCCUGGCGAUCGUGAUGUUCGACAAUGCGGGUCAGGUGGAGAAGGCGCUCCGUAAAAGCGGCGAAGCGUUGAACGGGCAUCCGGUGGUGGUGGAACGAUCCAAGUUUGGUUCAGCGAGCCUGGAAGCAUAUAAGGCGAAGAAAAAGCUUCGCACGAAGGAAAGGCGGGAAGCGCGGCGUCUGAAGGCGAAACAGCAACCGGCGGGCGUAAAGAGCGACGCAGGACAGCAGAAGAAGAAGCAGCAGCAGAGUAAACCAGCAGCAGCCACCGCCGCAUCGCCAGUGAAGAAAUCCCCCGCCAAGAAUCAGAAGCAGCGGCAGCAGAAGGGAAAAGCGGGCGGGGCGAAACCGAAUGCCAACAAGCAACAGGCGCCGAAAGGCAAAAAGGAGAAAAAAUAA